AUGGCCCCCUCCCUGGCUCGGGGUCCUAUCAUGGUCUCCUCCCCAGCACAGGGUCCUAUUAUGGCCCCCCAGCCCCUCCCAGCCCAUUCACCAGCCACACGGGCCACCGGCUCCUCUGGCUCGCCUAUCACGGCACCCGGGCCUAUCACGGCUCCCAGGCUUAUUACAGCCACCCCACCCGGGUCCUCCACAUCCCCCCCAGUCUUCGAUCUCUCAGCAGCCAAUGCAUGCACUUGCCUCCUCCUGCAGGCCUGCUGCAGGAUCCCAGCACCCCAACCCAACACCAUGAUUACCUCCCCAGUCUUCGAUGCAACCGACACACCAGCACACUGGGGCUCCAUGCAGGAGCAAGCCCCAGCCUGGCAACGCCUCCUUGCACAAUACCUGGACAAGGAGGUACAGCAGCAGCUGUUGGGUGGCAUCUCCCAUGGGGUCUGCAUUGGCUACGAUGGCCCGCUCCACUCUGUUGGUCAGAGGUCUCACAACCUACCAAUGGACGCUGCGGGGCUUGCCCACAUCUGCCACAAGAUACACACACAACUCGCGGAGGGUUGCCUCACAGUGGUGUACGACCCAACCCUGCUCGUCUGCUCCCCUGUUGGCACCGUCCCAAAACUGCAUUCUGACAAGCUCCGUACUAUCCACCAUCUCUCACACCCCUGCUGCCCAGGCCCCCAGCUCCCUUCCGUCAAUGCAGGCAUCCAACCUGCUUUCAUGGCACUGCAGUAUGAGAGCCUCCAGCCCCUGGUCGAGUUCAUCCAGACCUCAUCUGGCUGCUGGCUCUGGAAAAGCGACCUCCAGGACGCCUUUCGGCACAUAGUCACUUGCCUCUAUGAUGCCAGGCUCCUCGGUCUCUCCUUUGAUGGGGUGUCCUACCACAAGAAUGUGCUUACCUUUGGGGGCAAGAGCUCCCCCUGGCUCUUCAACCUGUAUGCUGAGAUGGUACACUGGGUUGUGAGCUCAUGCCUGCCCAGCUCCCUGUCAUGGGCCUGGAUGCUCAAGAAGCAGGAGGGUCACUGGUUCAUAUGGAAGGAGCACAGGUAUCGAAGAUCUAGUCGAUACCAGUAUAGAGCAUGGUCGUAG